GGACAGAAAUGGCGGCGCUCUGUCCAGGUGUUCAGUAUGGUUUAUCUUCACAACAAAAUUAUGGUGAAAAUAGGGACUUGAUUUUUGUGAAAUUGACGGAUUCUGCUUUACGUGCGAUAGAGGACUACCUAAAAAAUCAGAACAAAUUUUACCAUCAUAAACCGACAAUCAAGUUCUUAGGCAAUGAAAAUGGGGAACUAUCAUUUCCGUCUUUACACCACAACAUGGGCAGCACUUCCUUCAGCUUCUCCAUGUCGAGCACGGCCGACAUGGAAGGACCUGGAGGCAGCUUCGAGUGCAUCAAACAGGUAGGGUCUCCGCGAGGCCCCCUAGAAGGCCUCGGAUCUAUCCCACACAAAAUACGUAUCCAUGCCAAUGAUGACGUCUACGAAGUUACCCGAAACAGAAUGACUGAAGCCGAAGAUAAAUAUAAAAACAAAUGCACAAGAGAAAUCAAACCGAACCAGACAGAUAUAGGCCGCAAAGUGAAGGUAAAGCAGAGCAGAGUGUCGCUACAUCCGGUGCGCAGAGAGAUGCCAUCGAUGCGCGAAAGCCUUCUGAAGCAGCCGUCGUCACAGCCGUAUCAGCCGAAGCCCUCCAUUGCGCCCCCUCCGCCUGCUGCUGCAGUCGUCCACUCUUCGACCAAUGGUCAUCUGUCCAACGGCCUAGGCAGCAACCAUGUCAGUAGCUCUAGACCGCAAAUGAACGUCGCUAAAAAGCUCUCUGUCCCGGAGAUUCCUAGGCGUCCUCCUAAUUCUCCAAUCUCCAAUCGAAAACCGCAGACCCUCACUCCUCCCGGUGGCGGUAGCGAUGGAGGCAGCUCGGGAAGUGGUCAAUCGCCUACUAGCACCCUACCGGGAUCGCCGCCCCUGAUUUCCACGACAUCAGCAGCCAACAAACGACCAGGUUAUCACGAGGGCUCUGAUGGUUUUUCCUACAAACGGCAGCGAAUCGCCCACAAUGCACCCAAACAUCACCCUGAUCCGUUGUACCACCAACCGGUGGAAAAUAACAGUCAACGGCGACCAGUGACAGACUCCAGAGAUGCCAGCAACAUGAACCCUAGAAGUAGGGAGUCGCCGUCCAACGGUAAUGGUAUAGGUGGUGGGGGUAGCUAUGGACUCAAUGGACAUAAUGUUAAUAGUUUAAUGGAUGUCAAACCGAAGCGUGAAUGUAGUGAUGAGGAAGACGAUGUUGGGAAGAGGACGUGUGAUAGUCAUUUUGAAGUAAGUCAAGAAAAGACAUUCGUGGAUAGUCGUAGUAUAUCUCCGGCCGUGAAGAUGCUGCAGGCCGAUAAGUGGGAUCGUGACAAACCGCCUAGUGAUCGACAAAACGGCAUUGUAAAUCGAAUACCGAACGGUGUCAGCCGAUCGCAACACCAAAAUCGGCCACAAGAUGUGGUUAACGAUAGAGUCAGUGAUAGAGUCAACGAUAGGAUCAAUGACAGAGUUAAUGAUCGAGUCAUUGAUAGAAUCAAUGAUAGAGUCAAUGAUCGAAUCAUUGAUAGAGUCAAUGAUCGAAUCAUUGAUAGAGUCAAUGAUCGAGUCAUUGAUCGAAUCAAUGAUAGAGUCAAUGAUCGAGUCAUUGAUCGGAUCAAUGAUAGAGUCAAUGAUCGAGUCAAUGAUAGAGUCAAUGAUCGAGUUAAUGAUCGCAUCAAUGAUCGAGUUCACGAUCGCAUCAAUGAUCGAGUCAAUGAUAGGAUCAAUGAUAGAGUUGUUAAUAACAAAUACACGAAUGUCACGUCCUCAACAGAAAAUAGGAUAGCUAGAGUGAGCCCCGACAGCCAGACAGAAGGGUUGCCUAACGGCGAUGUUGAUGGAAACUUCAAUAACGAAAAUGAGAACGAAGAAUUUCCUGAUUAUAAAAAGCAAUACGUUACCAUACAGGAUGCCGAUCAAAGGAGACGGUAUAAGGCGGACUUCAAUGCCGAUUAUACCGAGUAUCGUGAUUUGCACAGUAUUGUAGAGAAAGUUUCCAGAAGGUUCGCUCAGUUAGAAGAACGCCUGAAGAAAGAAAACGAAAAUAGUCCCAAAUAUAAAGACAUCAAAAAGCAGAUAGUUCGUGAAUACCAAGAAAACAAGAACCUGGACCAUCAGCGGACGAUGCGGCGGUUUCAAUAUCUGCACGACAAGUUGUCGCACAUCAAAAGACUAGUUAUGGAGUACGAUCAAGAGAUGACGGACUCCCGGUACUGACGCUGGGCGCUGGCGGCCCACGGCCCCCUUCCGCCCUACUGCCUUUCUACGGACAUUCGCCAAGAGGACAUCACGAAAUGUAUCAAACAAAUUUUAUUCCUAUUCAUUUAAUUUUUCUUUUUUUUUUUGUUCUUAGUGCAAUUUUGGAGUUGCGCGCCACGUUGCGAUCUGACAAUUUUUUGACUGGUGGUUGAGCGGUUUAGGAAACGAGUUUGAAUCGCAAAGACACUCGAGAGAUGGUCGAAUACACACAGAGAUCAAUUUACCAUUCUGAUAUAGCACAAUCUAGUAAUUGUUUCUAGUAUCAGACUGUAAGUCCCACUUAAAUUUUGUAUAGCUACCACUACGGCAACAUAUUAUGUAUAUAUUAUUGUUGAGGCAUUAAUAAAAGGUGAUAAAAAUUC